UUACCAUGUAAAAAAGUUGAUAAUAAAAUACAAGGUAAUAAUCAAAUAAAGCCAAAAAUAAUAACAGCCCAAGAAUAUGAAUAUUUUAAAUCAAUAGCAAUGGAGGGUUUAAUGACAAAAGAUGAGAAACAAUUAAUUGAAAUGAAUAAUGAAGAAAAAAAAAAAAAGUUAUAUGAAGAAUGUAUGAAACGUAAAGAGGAAAUAAGAAAAAUGGAUUUUAAUAAAAUAAAUAAUAAUAAAUUAAAUAAUAAAAUUGAUUUACUUGAGGAUGAUAUUAGACAAAAAAAAUUGCAUAUUCUUGAACGUGCUAAUGAUUUAAAACUUGAACAAGAAGAAGAAAUUCAAAUUUGUAAUAAAUUAAUUCUUGCAACAAAAUGUCGAGCAAUAAGAGAUGCUCAGGUUGCUGAAAAAAAAUUAAUUGAAAAAGAAUUAAUUGAUGAAGAAAAACGUUUAAAUGAUAUGAUGGAAAAUGAACGUUUGUUAAAAAUAAAAGAUGAAGAAAAAAAAUUAAAUGAUGAAUUAAUACGUAAAAAAAAAUUUGCAAUAUUAUUACGUAAUCAAAUAAUUGAAAAUGAAGAAAAAAGGUUUAUUGAAUUUGAAAAAAAACAAGAAGAGGGUAAAUUGAUUAAUAAAAUUAAUGAAGCAUGGCAAAAUGAUGAAACACAAAAGGCUAUUAAUAAAAAAAUUGAAAGAGAUAAAAUACGUUGUCAAAUUGCUGAAGAAAAUAAUAAAUUAAUUCAAUUUAAAGAAAUUGAACGUGAAGAAGCUAAAAUACUUGAUAUGAGGAUACGUGAAUAUCAAAAACAAAAAGAAGAACGUGAAAAAGAAAUUGAAGAAAAAAAACGUAUUGAAAAACAUAAAAAAGAUAAUGAAAAAUUAAAAAUUGCUGAAAAAUCAAUGGAAACACGUAAUUAUCAAGAAAAAAUUGAUGAAUUAAAUGCAACACGUAUACAAGAAGAAGUUGAACGUAAUUGGCGUAAACGUGAAAAAGAAGCAGCAAUAAAUAAAUUAAAACAACAACAAAAAUUAAUUGAUGCACGUAAUGAACAAAUUAAAUGUCGUAAAAUAAUACAAGCUAUGGAAAUUGAACGUGAUAAAUUGGAAUUUAAUAAAAUAUUAAAAAUACAAAAAGAAGCAUUAUGUCGUGAUAAAAAAGAACGUGAAAAUAAAUUAAAACAAUCACAACGUUAUAGAAUACAAAUAUUAAAACAAGUUAAUGAUAAAGAAAUUGAAAAAAUUGAAACACGUAAAAAAAUGUUUGAAGAAGGUAUUGCAUUACGUGCUGAACUUGAAAUGCGAAAAAAAAAAUUAAAAAAUGCUAUUGAAAAAAAAUGUGAAAUUAUGAGAGAUAACAAAGUACCAGAAAUUUACAUAAAUGAAGUUAAAAAUCUCAUUGAAAAAAUUAAAUAA